CGCCCUGAAACCCGGAGCUCCGGAAAAACAUUAUGCAGGUACUCGACAACAGGACUGAAUCAUACGUCCAAACAGUUGUUUUACAACUAAAACGAGAGUUUCUAUUGGACAAAUUCAGGUAGAUCACUCCCCGUGUUGUUACGUUUGUUUCCGUUUAAGAAAAGUUUUGCAACGGAAUCAGCGUAAUGAAUUUCUCCUCAGAUUUCCGCGGUGGGUCCGUUUGCUAUCAUUCCUGGAGGAUACCACACUAUUAAAAGUGCGAUUUGCUACAAAGGAAAUACUCUGAGUUCAUAUUGAUUGUAUUGACAUUGGUUUCCUGAACUGUACUAUUUCGGUUGCCGUGUUUAUUUUUUUAAAUAUAUAUAUUUUUGCUGGUUUGUGAAUCACCUGUUAUCGUGGAGGCCGCAGGACUCCAUUGAAGACAAAAGGCCUACCCUACACUCCCUCCCCUUGGAAUUUACCUGAGGAGUAGCUGGCCUACAGACAUCAGGAACCGACAGAUCUAUCUGGUCGCCAGCCACCAUGGACUACAAGGACUCUGGAAUGAGAUACACCCCCAAUAAGGGACCGGACAGGGACUGGGACCAGGAUGUGACGUUCCUCCCAGCAGCUGACAGUAAGAAGUUAGAGAAGAAGAAAGGACCAGGGAGAGUCGGGGCUGUGAUCAGCAUCGUUAUCUUCGCUGCUGUCAUCGCCCUUAUGACUGGCCUACUGGUCUGGCACUUCCACUAUCGUAAGGACACGCGUAUCAAGAAGAUGUACAGCGGGUCGAUGAAGAUCACCAACCAGGUGUUUGAGGAUACCUAUGAAAACUCCAACAGCACUGAGUACAGAGCGCUGGCCGAACAGGUCGUUAAACAGCUGAGAACACUCUACCACAAGAUGCCCCAGCUGGCCAAGUACUAUGUUGGCUCCAGCGUACAAGCCUUCAGCGAAGGCAGUGUGAUAGCCUACUACCUGUCAGAGUUUGAAGUACCACGUGGUCAGGAAGCAGCUGUGGACAAGGCCAUGUCCUCCAUGGACACGGUAGUGGAUAAGGUGCAGAGGGGCUUGACGAACAGCAGGCCUGGCAACGAUCUGUUGUUUGAGGAUGUCAUGAACUCUGCUCUGGACUCUAGAAUGUUCUCAGAGUCCUUCAGUGAAUACUACAGGUACUCAGAACACACCAGAGCGAAUACGAUUGUUCCAAUCAUGUCACCUGGUUUCCCCAAUACUCCGUACCCGCCCAACACCUUCAUCCAAUGGCAGCUGAGAGCCGACCCUGGUCACGUGCUCAAACUGGACUUUGAUACCUUCAACCUAGAGGAGGACUGUCGUAACGACUUUGUUAAGGUCUACGACUCCCUGGUGGCCAUCGAGAGCCACGCCAUGGAAGAGAUUUGUGGCUACCACUCUCCCAGCUCCCCCCUGACCUUCCAGUCCUCCCGAAACGUGAUGCUGGUAACCUUGGUAACUAACAACGAAAAUAACUACCCAGGACUCAGAGCGCACAUCUCUCAGAUCCCCCGGAACAGCAAAGAGCUGGCAUGUGGUGGCCAGCUAUCAGGAGAGACUGGGCUUUUCACAUCCCCAAACUACCCCAACUACUAUGCUCCCAACACCAAAUGUGAAUGGGAUAUACAGGUCCCUGCUGGUAAGUCAGUGAAGGUCAAGUUCAGUACCUUCCUGUUAUCAGAGCUGGGUCAGGAGAACACAAAGGACUGUAACAAGGACUAUGUAGAGAUCAACAACAAGAGGUAUUGUGGAGAACUUCCAACCAGUCCUGUUGUAACCAGUGACACUAACACCAUGAAGGUAGUCUUUUACUCCGACGCCUCGUAUGUCGACAGAGGAUUCAGCGCCACGUACGAGACCUUCGAAUCCACAGACCCCUGUCCUAACAAGUUUCAGUGCAACAACCAGCGUUGUGUCAACACACAACUGAUGUGUGACGGCUGGAACGACUGUGGAGAUAUGAGCGACGAGAUGAACUGCAAGUGUGAUUCCACUCAGAUCAGCUGUAAGAACGGCCUGUGUAAGCCCCAGUUCUGGGAGUGUGAUGGAGUGAACGACUGUGGAGAUGACACCGAUGAGCAGAACUGUGGUGCUUGUAAAGCGGGGGAGCUGACAUGUCAGAACGGAAAGUGUGUGUCGGAGAAGAAACGCUGUGACGAGAAGGAUGACUGUGGCGACGGGUCAGACGAGAGCGACUGUGGACGAAUUAUGAAUAAUGUGCAGUGUUCUGACUCCACCUAUAAAUGUGAGAACAACAAGUGUACCAACAAGGAGAACCCUGAGUGUGAUGGAACACCUGACUGUGAGGACAAAUCAGAUGAGGCCAACUGUGAUUGUGGGCGGAGCCUGUUUAAAACUAGCCGUAUCGUGGGUGGACAGGACGCAGAAGAAGGGGAGUUCCCGUGGCAGGUCAGCCUCCACAUUAAGAACAGUGGUCACGUGUGUGGUGCUUCCAUCAUCAGCCAGCGCUGGCUGGUUACUGCUGCUCACUGUGUACAGGAUGACGCCAAGACCAGGUAUUCCCAGCCAGGUGUAUGGGAGGUAUUCCUCAGUCUGGAUCACAGGAUGGGGCGCCAGUCCUACCAGGUGGAGGGGGAUUCUGGCGGGCCUCUGUCCAGUCCUGGUACUAGUCGUAUGUUCCUGGCUGGAGUGGUGAGUUGGGGUGACGGCUGUGCCCGUAGGGACAAGCCUGGGAUCUACAGCACCGUCACCAAGUUCAGGGGCUGGAUCAAGGAGAAGACCGGCGUGUAACAGGACUCGGGGAAACGACUAGGAAUGAUGAGGACAACCGGCCGAUGAACACGCCAGUACUGUACAGAUUACUGGUUCGCCGGGACUCGCCCUCUACCCUCCUCCGCUCCCUUCCAUUAUCCAGGAGUGGUGAACUAUUUUACACGCUUUGAUCUCAGGCCUCACAAUGCACUCCCUUUCAUAUCGAUGGACUAUGGACCGUUGGUUGGGUUUUCUCUGUUGAAAGGCAGAUGCCUUAAUGUCUAAAUGUUUAUUAUAAUGACUGGUGUCUGAAUGUGUAUUUUUGUUAUGAGGAGGAAUAGGUGGUUUUGUGGUGAAAGUGUUUUUAAGAAUUGUAAAUAAUGUCAAAUUUUGUGCGUUUUUAAAAAAAAUUUUUUUUUAGCUAUAUUAGUUUUGCCCAUUGCAAUCAGUCAUUUGGAUUGGAUACACACAACAUUUUCUGGUACGUUUUGCAUAGGUAGGAUUUGGGCCAUUUUUAAGGUGUAACUGUAGAAAAACUGUUACAUGCGUGUACACAAGGAGACGAUGUGUUCCGUUGCUUGUUUUGUCAUUGGAUUUGAAUCGUUUCCCCAUAGGUUUUGUUUUCUCGUCAUCUUUUAGAACGGUCUCUUAAAUGUGAAUUCAGACUCUUUUACUUGUUGCCCUUGUACUCAUGAAGGGGGUGGGGUUUGCAUUCCAAAUGGCGCCAUAUUCCCUAUGAAGUGUACUACUUUUGACCAGGAUCCAUAAGGGCUCUGUUUUGUUAAAGGUGGUACACUAUGUAUGGAAUGGGGUGCCAUUUGGAACACAGGGCUCAAACAGACGGGAUGGAGCUGGGGUCAGACGGGAUGGAGCUGGGGUCAGACGGGAUGGAGCUGGGGUCAGACGGGAUGGAGCUGGGGUCACUAUCUACUAUGAUUUGGUGUUUGACGCAAUAGUUUUUUGUUGAAAUACCAGGAAGUUCUGAUGCGACAUGAUGAUGAAUAACUUUUAUUUUUUUAAAUGUGAUUUAUUCCUUGAUGCUCUUCUUUUUUUUCUCCUCCCAACUUUAUUUUUCAUUUAAUUUGGGUCCGACGUCAACGCCUUUACAUCAGAAUAAAGCUUCAUUAGAGAUCGUCUGUUCGGUUAGCAUUGUGCAUAGAAAUACAUUGAUUUCACAACAUCUUUUUUUGAGGACAUGUACAAAUGAUCGAAUUUAACUUAGAAAUUAAAACAUUAUCCAGCAUUUAUCAAAUCAACCACUUACUGUAAUUGUUUUUUAUAUAUAAGUGUUUAAAAUAAAUAUGAACGACCAAACUUU